AGUCUUACGAAAAGUAAAACCCUUCUAGAAGCUUCUCCCGUUUUCCAGAUCAGUCAUUUUUUGUUGUUUUUGUUUUAUCUUUGCAUUCCAACUGAAAGGGGAGGAGCCUAUUUUGUACCAAUCACUCACUCACACUACUAAAUUUUCUAGUAUAUAAGUGACCCAUGUAGCGCAAAGCGCAUCAGUUUUAUUUUGAACGUCGAGGAAUAAACAUCGUUUAGAAAGUGAAGAAACCCGGAGUUUUCCUUUCUCACCGAGAAGCCAACAGUCCUGCCUCCACUGACGAAGCGAAGCGACCGCUCGCUGCUGUUGCCUACGAGAUACAGUCCACCGCUCAACCGAGCAAAUUCCGAGCAUUAGCGCUGUUCCUUCAGACCGCUCCACAACUCGACCCCACCAGUGGUAAUCGAUUGUGGAUACCGGUUUGACUGCACACGGACAGACUAAUACUCCAGAAGGUGCCAACCGAACAGUCGUUGCUGGAGCACCAACAAGGAAUUUUCAGUGCCCCAUCGGUCCGCUCCACGAUCAGAGCUUUCCGGUAACCUGUUGUGGAUACCGGACCGACUUGCACACGGGUUCAACUGAACUUUCCUGGCCUGUUGGUGUUGGCCAGUGGCAAAUUUCGGCUGCCCUUCUCUGGUUCCGUUCCCCGUCCGGAUCUGCCCACAUUGUGCACCGCACAUUGUUUGGUCCUGCUUCGACCCGGAUGCAGCAUCGGUGCCUUCGCGCAGUUGGAGGAAAUUUAGCGGCUGAGGUGGAGGAACGAAAUUUCCGCAAGUGUUCCCGCGCCACCGGUGGCGUCGUUCGCGUUUCGAGAAGUAGUCCGCGCGAGUGACGCUGUGAAAAGUGAAACACGUCGAAACACGUUUCGACAAGGACAGUUAAGUAGUGCUUGUGUGUGUGCCCGCCUUGGGCUGAAGAAAAACCGACCGAGUACGGUCUCGAACAGACAAUAAGUGUAAGUGUGCCCCAGGGGGCGAAGAAAGAAGUGAAAAAUCGUGUGCGUGAAGGAUGCUGAUGCACACGCCAACCAAAAGUGAUAAAAUGGCCGAACUGAAGACGCUCAUCCACCUGCGUGGCCAGGCGAAGGCCAAAGUGACCCGAAUCCGGAAAACGAUUGAAGACGUCUCGGCAGCCGGCGUUGUCCAGUUUACCCUGGCCCAGCUGAAGGUAUAUUCUCGGAACCUGGAAGCCCAUUUCCAAGAAUACCUAAGCUUCCACCACCAAAUCACCGCGUUGUUGCCAGCGGAAAAAUUGGAUGACAACGACGCCACCUACCUCCAAUUCGAGAACCACCACACUGAAACCGCAAUGAUGGUGGAAACGCUCAUCCAGUCCGCAACCCCGCAGCCGCCUCCAACGAAUGUGUCCGCACCCGCGAACAGUGCCCAGCUACCACCACAGAUAGUCGUCCAGCAGCAACCGCUGCCGGUUCCAAUCCCUUCGUUUGACGGAAAGCCGGAGAACUGGCCGAGAUUCCAGCAGGUCUUUUCGGACAUUAUGUCACGGUCCAGAGACUCCAACGCCGUCAAGUUACACCACCUUGAGAGGGCACUGUCCGGUGGGUCCGCCGCCAAGAUAAUCGAUCCGAAAACGCUCAGUGAUGGCAAUUUCGAUCACGCUUGGGAGCUGCUGCUUGACGUUUACGAAGACGAAAGGAAAGCAGUGGACUCGCACAUCCAUGGCCUACUGAGUCUGAAACGGAUGACCAAGGAGUGCUCCAAGCAGAUGAGGGAGUUGCUCAAUGAAGUUACCCGCCACGUCGAGGGACUGCGGCUGCUGGAACAGGAUUUGGAAGGAGUUUCCGAAAGGUUCGUCGUCGUCGUGCUGUCAGAUGCUUUCGAUCCCGAAACGAGGAAGCAGUGGGAGACCACCAUUCCCCACAAGCAGAUCCCGUCGUAUGAAGACACCGUCAUGUUCCUGAAGGAGCGAUGCUCACUGUUGGAGCGUUGCGAAGCCAGUCAUCCGAAGCCGUCGUCAGCCAAGGAAUCCAGUCAGAAGUCCAACCCGAAGCUAUCGUCGAAGUCCCCGCCGGUGAAGUCGUUCGCUAUGGCUACACCCGUAGCUAAUAGUGAGGCGACCUGUGAGAUUUGUAGUGCGAGCCAUCCAAACUACAAAUGUGAAAGGUUUGUUGCGCUGACGGUACCCCAACGUAGAACUAAGGUAAGAGAACUUUUCCUUUGUUUCAACUGUUUGAGGAAGGGACACCUUUCCUCAAAAUGCCCAUCCAACAAAUCAUGCCAGGAGUGUCAAGGUAGGCAUAACACCUUGCUACACGAGCCCAAAGUUCCAAAGCCCGAAUGCAAGCCCAUUGUUGAUAAUCCAAUGCCCAAUCCCGAACCCGCUAAGGUUGUUGUUAGUUCCCAAGUUCCGAAUCCUGUUGAAAGUGUUGCAUCUGUCUCCAAUCCCGUCCAAAAGGUACCUCGUUCGGAUGGCACGCUAUUGCUUACGGCCAUGGUUGAUGUCCUUGACAGCCAUGGAAAUUCCUUCCCUUGCCGUGCAUUCCUCGAUUGUGGUUCCCAACCACAUUUGGUUUCCCGUUCGUUUGUAGAACGAUUGGGAAUCGACCAGGUACCUACCCAUGUAGAAGUUAUUGGAGCUACCGGUAAGCGAUCGGUGCUCGACAGAAAGGCAACACUUUCGUUCCGGUCCCGUUGUAAGGAUUAUCAAGCCCGAAUCGAAUGUUUGGUCACCGAUGUGGUGACUGGUCCCCUCCCCGGUCGUAAGAUGAAUUGUCGGUCUUGGAACAUUCCCUCAGGUCUUUCGCUUGCUGAUCCCACUUUCCAUACUCCAGGAGAAGUGCAGUUACUGAUUGGAGUUAAACUGUUCUUCGAUUUGAUGCUUCCCGGCCAUUUGGUGCUAGGCCAAAACCUGCCUAUACUCAAGGAGACUCGUCUAGGAUGGGUCGUUGCUGGUGGUGCUGAGGACGUGGAUGAAAAUCAGCACUGCUACACGGCCAGCUUGCGGCCACUCACAGAAUGCAUGGAGAAGUUUUGGUCUGUUGAGUCGGUCGAGAAUAGCAACGUGGCUUCCAAGGAGGAGCAAGAUUGUGAACAACUUUUCAGCUCGUCCACCGUCCGAAACCCAGAUGGUACCUACACGGUCCAUCUUCCAUUGAAGGAAUCCGUGAGUGAACUAGGCAGUAACCGGUCUCUAGCUUUGAAACGUUUCCAUAUCCUGGAGCACCGCUUCAGCAAGAAUCCCGAAUUGAAAGAGGCUUAUGUCGAUUUCAUCAAUGAGUACAAGUCGUUGUCCCAUUGUAAGCAGAUUUCCGAGUCUGAUGAUACCCCAGGGAAAUUAGUUCACUAUCUACCGCACCAUGCCGUCGUCAAGCCAAGCAGUUCCACUACUCGCUUGAGAGUUGUUUUCGACGCCUCGGCUCGAACAGCUGGUCCGUCUCUGAAUGAUGUGUUAAUGAUUGGUCCCACUGUCCAGGACGAACUUUUUUCCAUUAUCCUUCGAUUCCGUAAGCAUCGGUUCGCGAUAACCGCUGACAUCUCCAAAAUGUACCGAAGGAUCCAGGUAGUCGAAAAUCACUCUGGACUCCAGCGAAUUUUUUGGAGGGAGAACCCUGAUGAUCCGCUUCAAAUCCUUGAAUUGACAACCGUUACCUACGGGACGGCCAGUGCGCCAUUUCUGGCUACUCGGUCACUGUUGCAGCUUGCACGUGACGAGUGCCAGCGUUUUCCAGUUGCAUCCAAGGUAGUAGAAGAGGAUGUCUACAUAGAUGACGUGGUAUCAGGGGCUGAUACCAUUGAGCAGGCCAUUCAGCUUCGCUCGGAUUUAACCGACAUGUUAAAUUCCGGAGGUUUCCCUGUGCAUAAAUGGUGUGCCAGCGACGCAGCCAUCCUAGAUACCGUUCCCGAGGAAGACCGCGAAAAGUAUUUGGUGUUUGAAGAUUCCGACGUGAACAAGGUUAUUAAAACCCUUGGCCUGUUGUGGGAUCCUGAGGAAGACGAAUUCCGUUUCCAUUGUAAGUUGUCGUUCCAACCGUUGCCUAUUCCAACGAAACGUAUCGUCCUCUCCGAAAUUGCUCGUUUGUUCGAUCCUUUGGGGCUUGUGGCUCCAGUUAUAGUCCUCGCCAAGAUAAUUAUGCAACAGUUGUGGAAGGACAAGGUAGGUUGGGAUGACCCGUUGACAGGCGAGAAUCUACAGUCUUGGCUUACGUUUAGAGAAUCCCUGAAAUAUGUUGACUCCGUCAAAAUCCCACGCUUCGUCGGCUUGGUGAGUGUCGAGAGUGUUGAAGUACAUGGAUUCGCUGACGCUUCCCUUCGUGCUUACGGAGCAGUCAUUUAUUUACGCGUUGUAUCUGGUUCCGAUGUAAAGGUUUCGUUGCUCUGUAGUAAAUCCAGAAUUGCUCCAUUGUCACCUUUGACGAUUCCCAGAUUAGAGCUAUGCGCCGCCCUAUUGCUGUCCAGACUUGUUCCCAAAUGCAUUGGGUCGUUGAAAAUGGAAAUUCAACGCAUCUGCCUGUGGUCUGACAGCAACAUUGUACUCGCCUGGUUGAAAAGGUUGCCCAAUGAUGUUUUUGUCCGCAACCGGGUGAUGGAGAUCAAUUCAGCCACCCAAGGUUUUAUUUGGUCUUACGUUCGUUCUGAAGAUAACCCAGCCGAUGUCGUGUCCAGGGGGCAGUUGCCGCAAACUCUUGCCAGUAACAGUUUGUGGUGGAAUGGACCGACGUUUUUGAAGCUGCCCCAGUAUGAAGUUCUGAUUCCAGAUCCACUUCCGGAAUCCGAAAUGCCUGAUGAUACACCGAUUGUGCCAAUCGUCUCGGCGACGCCUAUGAUGGGUCGCCUUCCGGAGGCUCGUGUCGUUCCCUCCGCUCCGUUUUCUCGAACCGGCGUUGACUUUGCCGGACCGGUAUUCGUGAAGGUUGGUCUCCGGAAGUUCGUUCGUGUGAAGGCCUACAUCUGUAUUUUUGUGUGUCUCGCUACCAAGGCCAUUCAUUUGGAGCUGGUUUCCGACCUGUCUUCCGCAGCGUUCGUGGCUGCUCUCCACCGUUUUAAAGUGAAGAAACCCGGAGUUUUCCUUUCUCACCGAGAAGCCAACAGUCCUGCCUCCACUGACGAAGCGAAGCGACCGCUCGCUGCUGUUGCCUACGAGAUACAGUCCACCGCUCAACCGAGCAAAUUCCGAGCAUUAGCGCUGUUCCUUCAGACCGCUCCACAACUCGACCCCACCAGUGGUAAUCGAUUGUGGAUACCGGUUUGA